ACACACACACAGCCUCCCACAUACACACACGCACACUGUGCUGAGAGCUAGCAAGGGGCUUUAAACAGCUUCACUCUAAACAGAGACAAAGGGACUGUAACGUGCCACAAUGGAGGAAAACAUGGAUGAAUCGCAGAGCCAGAAAGGCUGUAAGGAGUGCUGUGAGCGAUGUGUGGGCAGCCUGCCCUGGGCCUCCCUCAUCGCCACCAUCCUCCUCUACAUGGGCGUGGCCUUGUUCUGUGGGUGUGGCCACGAGGCUCUGAGUGGCACCGUCACCAUCCUCCAGAACUACUUCGAGGUGAUCAGAGCUCCGGGAGAGACGCUGGACGUGUUCACCAUUAUUGAUAUCCUGAAGUACAUCAUCUACGGGCUUGCAGCUGGGUUCUUUGUGUUUGGAGUGCUGCUGCUGGUGGAGGGCUUCUUCACCACCGGAGCCAUCAGGGAUCUGUAUGGAGAGUUCAAGAUCACCGCCUGCGGACGCUGCCUGACUGCUUUCCUGAUGUUCCUGGCCUACCUGUUCUUCCUGGUGUGGCUCGGCGUCACCGCGUUCACCAGCUUGCCCGUCUUCAUGUACUUCAACGUGUGGUCCAUGUGUCAGAACACCAGCCUGGUGGAGGGCGCCAACCUCUGCCUGGACCUGCGUCAGUUCGGAGCCGUGACCAUCUCUGAGGAGAGGAAGGUGUGCACAGGAUCUGAGAAGUUCUUCAAGAUGUGUGAAUCCAACGAGCUGGACCUGACCUUCCAUCUGUUCGUGUGUGCUCUGGCAGGAGCAGGAGCUGCUGUCAUCGCCAUGGUCCACUUCCUGAUGGCUCUGGCUGCUAACUGGGGCUACCUGAAGGACGCCAGCCGGAUGCAGAAGUACGAGGACAUCAAGUCGAAGGAGGAGCAGGAGCUGCAUGACAUCCACUCUACACGCUCCAAAGAACGCCUCAAUGCCUACACAUAAACACACACCUGCAAGAAACGACACACACACACACUUAACCUGUCAGACACACAAUAUAUGACACACACACACACAAACACACACACACACAAACACACACACAGGUCCUGACAACGACAAGAGGAAACAUGCAGAAUAUAAACGAGUGAUAAAACAACACAUUCAGAGAAAAUAUACAAAGAGAAGAAAUGAAGAAGAGCGAUGAUGAAGACAUGGACACCAUCGUCAUCCUCACGUCUGCAGUAGAUUAUCGGCUCACUGAGUUCAUUAGUUUCUAUUUUUAAUCCAAGUUCUGCUUUUGAUUGAAAGACUCUAGCUUUACCUUGAAACAAGCUUGUCAUGUUUAGUGCCGCUGAGAGGAAACUGUUUACCUUCGAACCUCGGAGAGAAGAAGUGAAGUACACGUUAAAACGUUCAAUCAGUCCCUUCUGUUUUACUCCGAAGGUUUCUUUGGGGGAGGGAUGAUUUAUGCAGAUAUUUUCAAGCUUCUUCUGGCCAAAUGCAAAAAUCUAAACAUGCACGUUAUUUUUCCAACAGAGGCCGUUAAACGUGUCCUUAAACGUGUGAAAAUGUGCUUAAAAGUAUCUAUAAUUUAACUAAAAAUCUUACAAAGAGGUCAAAAAAGAACUUUUAGAGUUGAACAAAGUGUGAAGUUUGUAAAAACAAGCACAAGAAACAAACUGAAACCAAAAAAUUAAAGAUGAGCAGACGAACCCAAAGAGAAGUCACUAAACGUUCUGGUGUGUGGUCGUCCAUCGCUGUGUUUCUGUUCUUUUCAAAGUCAGACAUGUUUCUUUCUUUAAGUCAGCUUUAACUAACAGCACGCCACGCCACGGCUGAUAAACUGCCCCAGACGUCCGGAUGAGUUUGGUGUCUGUGAGUUCAUCUAGAAACAAGGGGGCGAUGUCACUGUACCCCCCCCCUUGCAGUACACACAUCACACACACUCACACACUCACACACUCACACAUAGAUGUGGCUGUAUGGUCGGUGUUGUGCAGGCAGUGUUGUACGGUGGUGUCAUGCUGUGUCGUGUCGUUUCGCCACAUUAUGAUGACUGGUACUGCAGAGAAAAAUGGUCCCCGAGGAUGUUUGCACCUCCCGGGUGCAAAUGGGUAGCUUUGCUAACUUUUCUCCCCCCCCCCCCCCCCCCCCCCCCCCCCCCCUCCUCCCCUCUCUGCUCCCCUCCCUCUUCCUCAAACCCUCCCCUCCUCCUCUUCCUCCCCCUCCUCUUCUCUGUGACCUCUUCAUUUCGAGUCCAGCUUCAGUCGUUGUUCUCAAACUCCUGUCACUGACAAAGUUUAGAAAUGAGGAAGUUAAAGUUCGCUCUCGUACCGAAAGGAUCAAUUAAUAAAAGAUGAAACAUGCAGAUACAUUUAAAUUAAAUCCCCCUAGCAUUGCUUUAGUCGUUCUGUAAUGCUUGCUCACUUUGCCCUUCAAAAUAAAAGCCCUUGCUCUGGCAGUGCAGGUCCUUGAAACAGUGACUGAAACACGGCUCCUCCUCUUCCUCCCCUUCCUCCCUGAUUUGUAUAAACUUGUGAUUUGUCCUCAGAAACAGCACAUCUUAGCAGCACAAAGUCUUUUUAACGUGUGUCAUGUUCUCAUCAGUCUGAUAAAUAAUGUUUUUCUCA